UUAAAAAUCUUCGCGAAAUCGUGCAGAAUGUUGAGCGUCUGUCAGCGCGAAUUAUAUAUUUUGCAAAAGAAGAAUUUGGCACUCGAAAAAAUAAACGCAGAAAACUGCUCGCUGUAGCUGCAUCGUGGCGACACACCGCGGAGAUUUGUUUUGCGAAAAAGUCUCUUACGCGCGUUCGUUUUUUCCCGCAACGUUUGUUCUCUCCGUUAGGUGCAGUCGAUGUAUAUGCAACAAUUCACGGCAUAAAAAAAGUAACGCAGUUAUUUACCGCGCGUUGUAGACAUUGCGCUCCUCCGACGUAUUAGAUAAUUUUUUUCAAGAACACUUCAAGUACAAAAUCAAAUCGCGGAAUGUCGCACGACUAACCACACAAACUCGGAUUUCGGCAAAGGAAUGAGCAGUCCCCGAAAUCAUUUGAGUACUACGGGCGAGAAUCAGACAAGAGUGAUUCUGUCCACCUGCGAGUCCUCGUCCACUUGCCGCGAGUCAACGGCUGCCGUUGAUGCUCCCGACGUCGCGCCUUCGUCGAGACGGAAAUGUUCGUGCCCGUCGCGGCCGUUCACGACGAGUCGAUGCGCGCCUUUUCGCAGACGGGUGUCCUUCAGUGAGGCCGCCGUUAUUGGGACCGACGAUCGACACGCGACGAUCAUGCAAAAUGACGACGAUUCGACGAGUUCGCGUCGCGAUGGAGAAGGCGACAAUGAUAACGGGGAACGAGAGACCUACGAUAUAUGGCAGACGGACGACUCGUCGGCUGGCAGGAGCGACGACGGAUACUCGGAAAGCGCACCGAGGAUCGAUAAUUACGCGGAAAACUACUGUGUAUCGGAUUGCACGUCCAACAAUAACAAAAGCCAGCGCACGCAGUCGGACAAUACCGACGAGCUGGCAGUAGAGAGCGACGGACGGAUGCGAGGAGGAUGGGUCGGCAAGAAUGACGUCUGUCGGGCGAAUCACAUCGACAACAAGACAAGAAAGAUCGACGAUGAAGAUAUCAUAUCCAAUGAAGACCUAUCGAACUUCAUCCACAAGGAUGUGGACUCGACUGAACGUGACGAGUAUCGCAUGCGAGGAGGUUGCAACGGAUGUUGCUGCUGCGGAGCACGCGAAAAUGUCAGAAGAAGUUCGCAAAAUUACGGCUGUUGCUGCGGAGGAUUUGUGCCAAAGCCGAAUGAAUCAUGCGCGUCCAACGCUGACGCCGAGACAGCGUGCACAGUAUCGUCGCGUUGCUGUUGUUGUCCUCGAAUCUGCAAGAAAGCGGUCAGAUGCGACGCGCCUCCGUGCACAACAGAUGCCCGAAGUUGCGGCAGUGGUGGAUCCUGCGGCAGCGGAUGUCGCGAAGGCUGCGGGAAACCCGAUCAGAUCUGCACGCCUUCGCCAAGAAUCUGCAACCCGCCGUCUCAUUCCUUGUCACGAGGAAGGUCACCUUGCGCAUCACGUUUUCCGCCGCAGUCUCCUUGUUCUACCAGCGGUUGCAGGAGCUGCUGCGGCGGAGCUUCCUACGAAUGCGGAAGAUCGCGUAGCCCAAAGUGCCGGUCCACCAUCGGAAGCUGCAUCAACGACAGAGCGAAGUGCGGUACCGAUGGAGCCUGCUGCCGGCUGAGAUUGCCGUGCGAGUGCCUUGGUGGCGGCCUUGACUGCCGGAGAUGCGACAGGAAAGUCUAUCAGGCCGAGAUGCAGAUCGUCUCCGGAGUGCCCUACCAUAACAUUUGCUUCAGUUGCUUCUGUUGCCGGAAGCCGCUGGAACCACUGAAUUAUCAGGAGAACUGUGGCGAGAUUUAUUGCAAACAAUGUUACGUUCGUAAUUUCGGACCGCAAGGAUACGGUUAUGGCGCGGGUGCCGGUGUGCUGCAAACUCCCUUGUGAGAACUCGACGAUUGCCUAAUAUCGGUCGCACAUGAGAGAGCGCUCAAGUAUAGUUAUAUAUAAUGGUUUUUUUUUUAUGCGCUUCUCAUUUCUUUAUGACAGUUAUAAGGUCAUGCAUAAAAGAUACGCACUCGCGACGCACAUUAGACAUGGAGUUUUGCGGCGCCGUAAUAUGUAAUAAUAUAUCUUGUAACGCGAUGCAUCGUUUGUUUCGCAAAACGA